GAGGCAGCAACGUGAGCGGCAAAGUAGCCAACCCGCCUACAGGGUGGGACGGAAGAAAAUUACUGCUUCUGUUGUUACGAAUCGUCCCAGUUUUGGGGGCGUUUCACCGUAAAAUAUGCUGGCUCGAGUAAUAAGAAGUAUGGCCAAGCCAGCCAGGAUGCAGUCUUCCAGCCUUGUGAAGCCCGUUUCUCUAACCAAGAUCCCAGGACGUUAUCUGGCUCACCAGGAGGGUCUCCCAAAGCUGCCUGUUCCCCCACUUCAGCAGACCCUUGAUCGGUACAUGGCCGUGCUGCAGCCCAUCAUCAGUCAAGAAGAGUUGGAGCACACAAAGCACCUUCUGGAUGAGUUUGGGAAAGCAGGAGGCGUCGGGGAGCGACUGCAGAAGGGGCUCGAGAGGAGAGCCCGCAAAACGGAGAACUGGCUGUCUGACUGGUGGCUGCAGACGGCGUACCUGGAGUACCGCAUGCCCGUGGUGAUCCAUUCCAGCCCUGGAGUCGUCUUGCCCAAAUUGGAGUUCCAGGACCGGCAGGGUCAAAUCAGGUAUGCUGCAAAGUUAAUUGCCGGUGUUUUGGACUUCAAAACCAUGAUUGACAAUGAAACAUUGCCUGUGGAGUACCUAGGAGGGAAGCCCCUCUGCAUGAAUCAGUACUAUCAGAUCCUCUCCUCUUGCCGUAUCCCAGGCCCCAAGAGGGACACCGUCAUUAAUUAUACACUCAGUAAGAGUCCUCCCACCCAUGUGACCAUCGUGCACAACUUCCAGUUUUUUGUCCUGGACGUUUAUAACAGCGAUGGCUCCCCACUGACCGUCGACCAGAUCUGCACCCAGCUAGAGAAGAUUUGGAACUCCUCUCUGCAGACCAACAAGGAACCUAUUGGAAUCCUCACCUCCCAGCACCGCAAUACCUGGGGGAAUGCCUAUAACAACCUUAUCAAAGAUAAGACAAACAAGGAAUCCGUUAAAGCGAUCCAGAAGAGCAUCUUCACGGUUUGCCUGGAUGCCCCGAUGCCACGUGUGUCAGACGAGCUGUACCUCAGUCGUGUUGCUACACAAAUGCUCCAUGGGGGUGGAAGUCGCUGGAACAGUGGAAAUAGAUGGUUUGACAAGACCCUUCAGUUUAUCAUUGGUGAAGACGGCUCCUGUGGGGUCAUCUACGAGCACGCCCCUGCCGAGGGCCCCCCUAUUGUUGCCUUGGUGGACCAUGUGGUGGAGUUCAUGAGGAGUGCUGAGACGGUGAGGUCUCCCAUGAUCCCGCUGCCAAUGCCAAAAAAGCUACGUUUCAAUAUCACACCAGAGAUCAAGAAGGACAUUGAGAAAGCCAAGCAGAACCUCAACAUAAUGGUUCACGAUCUGGACGUGAAGGUGUCCGUGUUCUCACAUUUUGGAAAAAACUUCCCCAAGUCUCAGAGGAUGAGCCCAGAUGCCUUCAUCCAAGUUGCCCUGCAGCUGGCUUAUUACAGGAACUACAACCGCUGCUGCUCGACCUACGAGAGUGCCUCCCUGCGCAUGUACCGCCUCGGGCGUACAGACACCAUCCGCUCAGCCUCCAUUGACUCACAGCACUUUGUGCAGGCCAUGGAUGACCCCUCCAAGUCGAACCAAGAGAAGGUGGACCUCCUUCAGAAGGCCAUUGUGGCACAUCGAGCUUACACCAAUAUGGCAAUUAAUGGACAAGCAAUAGACCGACACCUCCUGGGCCUAAAAAUGCAAGCUAUUGAGGACCUGACCAGCAUACCUGAGAUAUUCAUGGACACAUCCUACGCCGUCGCCUUGCACUUUAACCUUUCCACAAGUCAGGUCCCUGCCAAGACAGACUGUGUGAUGUGUUUCGGCCCUGUGGUGCCCGAUGGUUAUGGCGUCUGCUACAACCCAAUGGACGACCACAUCAACUUUGCCAUCUCGGCGUAUAACAGCUGUGCAGAAACCAACGCAGCACAUCUCUCGCAUCUGCUGGAGGAGGCCUUGCUGGACAUGCGGGAUGUGAUAAUUCAGCUUCCCAAGUCCAAACUGUAAGGGUAGUAUGGCUGAGAUGGAGGGGGGGUGGCACUCAAACUAUCUGUGCCAUCAUGGACACCAUCGCCUUUAACAUAACCACAAAAAAUGGAAGGAGCAUGCUUUUGGACUGAUUGCUCUCAAUAACUUAGCAGGUGGAGGGUAGUGUUGAAUUCACUUUGGCCACCAUCACAUUUACAAUCAUGUUAGUCCCCAGAUGAAAAAGCACUUUUUGAAGAAGGUUUAAGCCUAAUCCAAGCUAUGCUGCCUGGCGGGGUAGACCAUCACAUUUGCCCCCAUACCACACAGUUUAGUUCACUCAAUCAGUAAUGUCUGUCCAAGAGUGUGGCCACUGAGCACUGGACCCCCAGACUAAAUGCAUAUCAAGCACUUUGCACUAUAAUUUAAGAGUGCUACACACUAACUUUAGAAAAUUUGCAAUUUUAUGGUACAUACAUAUACUCAGUUUGUGACAACUGAUCAAAAAAAAAAAGUAACCAAUCAGAGGCUUGGGACUGUAGGCGCCAACUCUGAGACCCUCCUGUAAUGUAAAGUGAAGAAUGAGGGAGGGGAAAAUGUAACACUCUCCACAUUUUGCUUUUCUCGCCAAAACAGAAAUCUAGAAGCGCACAGGAAUCCAUGUUUAAUGUACUGUGCACAUGUGACAAUAUUACAACUGCUACUACUGCUGCCGCUUGGAAGUCCCAUUAGUAAUGCUGGUUAUGGCUUUGCUCCAUCACCGUGCCAUUUUGCCUUGUCUGUUAAUGAUGGCUGAACAGAUAGAAGUGGGCAAGGCUCUACAGUCUGCCUCUUAGCUAGCGUAAAUUUCCAAGAGCCUUGUUGCUUCUUUUCUCAUAAGACGAAGCUGAGGGCUUUGACUUUUGCUGUCUUCCUAGCCCUACUUCUUGUUGUCCCUUCUCUUGACAUGACCUAUCCCACUGAGUCUAAACCCUGCCUCCUAUCACACCUCCCCAUAUCUCUUCCCUGUUUCUGCCAUACCUUUUGCCAUCCUCCCAAGUAUCAAGUCCAACCCUCCCUAGUUUCCUGCCCUGUCCUCCCUCUCCUCUCAUCAUCUAGUCCCUGCUGCCUCGUCAUUUAGCCCCAAGCCUAUCAUACCCCCUAAUAUCCAUCCCAGCCUCCACCAUGCUGCUCUUUACUUAAGCCAGCAUUUUUCAUCCCUUCCAAUAUGUAGCCCUUCGAAAGGUCACACCUACCAUUAUCUAGUCCUACCCAAUCAUAUCUCCCUACAUCUAGCCCUGUUUACAGACAUCCCUCCCACUAACUAGUCCCGCCCUCAUCAUUGCAUUUAGCGACAUCCCCUGCUACUUCAUUAUCUAGCCCCGCCCCAUCAUCAUUUGUAGUAUCCUGAACCACAAACUACCAAAAACACUUCCAAGGUUGCCCACUAGAGGGGGGGACACCAUCAAAAUACCCCAACUAGAACCAAAAAGGGCAGACAGUAUUCUUGAUAAAAUAAAAAGGCUCUGCAAAGAGCACAAGGAGAAGCCUGAAAAGACAAAGCAUAACCCAGUAAACCAAAGUCCCAAUGCAGAAUCCAAAAAUCAAGGUUGAAAGCAGAGCAGAUGUUCAAAAAAUAUCAAUCCACAAACACAGAGCAGGGCUUCAAAAUAUCAGAAAAUAGAAAAGCAAAACAAAGCACAGCAAAGCCGCAAUAACUGCACUCCUAGCGUAUUCAGUGAACCACGAGGAAUCAUGGGGGAUGCCCUCCCUUAAAUAGUAGGGUGGCGGUGAUGGGCAGGUGGCCCUGCACCUUGUGGGACCACUCAUAAAGCAUAAGGGACAUAACUAAAGUCCUUUCCCUUUUCCAACAAGCAAUUAGAAAGUUGUGCCUAAUAAAUUAAAUAAACAUUAAAAUAAAUAAAUUGCAUAAAAUAGAGAAAAACCAACAAGAAAUGUCACUUUGAACCCCAGCUAGGGGAGACACAUUGACUGAAAGAUGACACUCUGCCAUACUGCCCUUUAUCUGUAGGAUCAGCUUUGUCACAUGAGUACAGAGUACAGUCAAAUUCAUAACUACACGUAGUAAUCAACAUGGCCUCACCUUCUCUCAACCCGUACCCAGCCCUCCCAUGGUCACACCUUCCACUAUCUAGACCCCCCAGUCAUAUCUACUAGCACUUCUUUACGCAAAGAGUUGCGGGACCUUGGAACAAACUGCCAAGACAUGGAGUUGAAGCAGAGACCUUGAGAACCUUUAAGAAGAAUCUGGAAGAGAUAUUGGGACAUCUGAGCAAUUAGCUAAACAAACGGGCGAAAAAUGGAGUGAAUGGUAGAUAGAUAGAUAGAUAGAUAGAUAGAUACUUUAUUAAUCCCAAGGGGAAAUUCACACAGGUCUUGUCUUGUUUGUCAUAUUACUUGUAUUUAGAAGCUCAGGGGUCAACAAUAAUGCACCCAAAACUGUGCCCAGUGCUUCUUAACUAAAAAUGACAACACUAAUCUGUCCCAGUAUCUACUCCAGCUUAUGGUCAUGCUUGCCAGUGUCUAUGCCUAUCUACAGUCAUCCAUCCCACUGUGUUGGCCCACCCACCAUCACACUCCCUUGUGUUCCAUCUCCAUCUUCUAAUGCCAGUUUAUCUGCCCUUGCCACAUUAUAGCAUUUAGCACCUAUCUAGCACUUCACACAGCCCCACCAUUAUCAAGUCCCACCUCAUGUCAUACUUCCUUAUGUUUAGCUCCACCUACUUCUGACCACUUAUCUGAUCCCACCUUAUACUUAAUUUUAAGCCCUGCCUCACACCACUCCUUCUGGUGCCAACCCAACACUGCCACAUUACCCUUCACUUACUUCAGUCUCAUGUCAUCCUUCCCAGUAUCUUGUCAUGUCCACGGUGACAACUUGCAUUAUCCAGACCCACCUCUGAAUACCCAGCUUCACCUCUAAAACCUCUUGUUGGUCAGGAGCUUGCCUUUCCCACCAUCACCCACACAGAUUUUUAAAUCCCCACCUCUUGCCCACUUAUUUAGCCCCAUCCCUAUAUUAGUAGCUAGACCACUGCUUUAGGCCACCUCUUCUUGUACCAGCCCACCACUCCCACACUACCCUUAUAUAACUCCUGUCACCUCUUCUAGUGUUUGCCCUGUUCUUAGCUCUGCCCUGUUACCCCUUUCAGUAUUUGACAUUGCCUGAAGCCAGCCCUGCCACUAUCCAGCACCAUCUCUGUCUGUCAUACUGCACUGUUCUUAGCUCCACCCCCUGUCACCACCAAGUGUGUGGCCCUGCCCACAGUCACUCCACAAACUAUCAAGCACCAUCUCUGUCAUACUGCCCUAUUCUUAGCCCCACCUCCUAAUGUCUGACCCUGCCCGCUGUCAUUCCUCCCACUAUCAAGCACCAUCUCUGCCAUACUGCACUGUUCUUCGCUCCACCCCCUGUCACCACCAAGUGUCUGGCCCUGCCCACAGUCACUCCUCCCACUAUCAAGCACCAUCUCUGUCAUACAGCCCUGUUCUUAGCCCCACCUCCUAAUGUCUGGCCAUGCCCACUGUCAUUCCUCCCACUAUCAAGCACCAUCUCUGCCAUACUGCACUGUUCUUCGCUCCACCCCCUGUCACCACCAAGUGUGUGGCUCUGCCCACAGUCGCUCCUCCCACUAUCAAGCACCGCCUCUAUCAUACUGCCAUUUUCUUAGCUCCACCUCCUAAUGUCUGGCCAUGCCCACAGUCACUCCUCCCACUAUCAAGCACCAUCUCUGUCAUACAGCCCUGUUCUAAGCUCCACCUCCUAAUGUCUGGCCACACCCACAGUCAUGUCUCCUACUAUCCAGCCCCAUCUCCUUAUCAUGUUUCCCAGGAUGUAGUCCUGCCCAAUAUCUAGCCCCUCCUCCUUUCAUUCCCCCAGUAGAUAUAUAUAUUUAUAAUAAUUCUUGAGCAGAAUUUUGAACACUGCUUACUGAUUUGACGUAAUAUUCAGUUAGUUAAUUUUUUUUGUAUUUUGGUGAUUAUUUUUCUAGAGCUGAAACAGGCUUUAUCAUAUCAAGGCCUCGGUUGUGUUCUGUAACAUUUACAGAGGAAGCGGCGGUGCCCGGCCCUCUCAGCCAUUGCCUUUUACUGUAUGUCAUCUCAGCCCAAUGGUGGUGUUGAUCCAUUCCAAUGUUUGGCUUUGGUAAGCAUCCCAGUAGCUGAAGUUUGACCUCCAGUUUGACAUGAAGGUCUCCAUAUUAAUUACGGAUGCUGAUGUAGGUGUGGGGUUAAUCCGAGGUUGGCAGCGGGAGGCUGAGAAUGGCAGUGCUGAACCACCGAAGGAUCAGAGUGUUAAAUGUUGAUGGAGAUCACUGAUGAUGCUGAGCUGAUCUUUCAUCGGUGUCUGUCCACACCGCAGCCGUAACAGGAGCUCCGGAUAUCAGGUGGUCCUCUCCUAAAUGCAGGACAGCAGACUUGUAUGUUCCUCAUGCAGUUCCUGCCACACAAGAGCUCAAUAGCUCUGCCACUCUUGUUCUUUUGUGGUGGUUUUUGUUUCAGGUGUGUCUUUGUCAGCUUCUACCGAGCGCCUCACUGAAAUCAUGGACACUGUACAGAUCACUGAAUAAAAGCGGACCUGACGUCAUGUCUGCUAUUGCUUUA